AUGGAUUACAAAGAUCUCAAAGCUCUCCGAAAACCCAUCAGCAACCAAACCGAUGUGGCACUGAAGAUAACAAAGCAACUCCUUGAAUCUGAAUUCAAGGACAAGAACCUGAUCUUCUCCCCUCUAUCCAUCCACAUCGUCCUGAGCUUAAUAGCCGCCCGGACAAACAAUCCCCAGUUUCUCUCUUUUCUCAAGUCGAAGUCCAUCGACGACCUCAAUUCCCUCGCCUUCAAUCUCAUCACUUCCGUUUUGGCCGACUCACCCAGCAGAGGCGGGCCACGUUUGAACGCUACAAACGGUCUCUGGGUCGACGAGUCUAUUCCUCUGGAGGACUCCUACAAACAAGUCGUGUUGGAUUCUUACAAGGCGGCUCUAAAUCAAGUCGAUUUCAAAACAGAUCCGGAACAAGUGAGAAUCCAAGUGAACUCAUGGGUUGAUAAAGAGACCAGAGGCCUUAUCCCUGAGAUUCUUCCUCCUGGCUCAGUCGGUAGCGGGAUGUGUCUCAUAUUUGCAAAUGCCUUAGAUUGUGCUUUAGAGGAUUUUGACAAUGGCACAUAUGCAGACGACCCCCGAUAUUUCUCUAUGUUGUGGUUACUUCCGGAUGCAAGAGAUGGGUUGCCGGCUCUGACUGAGAGAGUUUGUUCCGAGUCCAGGUUUCUAGACCGCCAUCUUAAUAGUUUUACGACUGUUAGAGUGAAGAAAUUCUUGAUUCCAAAGUUUAAGAUUUCAUCCGGGUUUGAAGCUUCGGGUGUUCUGAAGAAAAUAGGGCUGGGGGAUGGUUGUGAUUUAAUGGCGAUAUUUCACGAAUCUGUAAUAGACGUUGAUGAAAAUGGCACAACAGCUGCAGCUGCUACUUGUGCUGAAACGUGGGAUUGCGAUGGUGACUUCUCCAAACCUAAGGAGAUAGACGAAUUUGUGGCUGACCACCCCUUCAUGUUUCUCAUAAGGGAAAACAGAACCAGAACGGUGCUGUUCAUGGGGCAGGUGCUCAAUCCUCUUUCAGGCUGA